UGAGGAAGUGCAAUAUAACUACUUCCCAUGUUGACAAUCAUUUAGACAGCCUCAUGCAUGAAUAUUGAGAACACUUACAAGACGACAAGCUACAAACAUGGACCGGUCUUUUUGGUUGUCUCUCCUCCUCUUUAGCCUGCCAGUAACAGAGAGCAAGGGGAAAGAUCAGAGCUGCUUAACACAGCCAAACAAGGUGAUCUGGAGAAAAUCAGGACAGAGUGUUGAUCUCCCGUGUACCAUGAGCUCACACUGUUUAACAACAGGCGUGCAUUAUGAGUGGUUCUCUUUCAAAGAAAACUCACAUCUCCGUCUAAACCUGCGUAAUCAUCUGAAGUACAGCCUGGAUGGAACAUCUUUACACAUCAAGUCCCUUCAUGCUAAUGACAGUGGGAUCUACCACUGUGCUGCAGCAUUGCACGGUGAAGCGACGCAGGGUAGACAGCAUGUGGCCCUGGGUACUACUCUGGUAGUGAGAGAAAAAGUUAAAGUGAUGGUGAAGGAUAUUCUCCUGUGGUCGUCAUUUGUCCUCUUGGCCCUCUACAGCUUAGCACUGGUGACACUUAUUAUCAAGAAGAAUGGCUGCAGUAUGAGCAGCAGGAUGCCCAAAACUUCUAAGAGUAACUCAACUAAAAAACGACACUUUCGUGAUGUGCUGCAAGAAAUAAAAAGCAGAAACAACCUGAAGAGAAAGAAUCAAGCAGCUGCAAGUGCAGAUUUCAACAGCUCGACUGAUGACAUCUACCAAAAUGUCUGAGUUGCCUUUCAAGGAUGUUGCAUAUCAGAUUUAGUCCUCUGUCAACCUGACUGACAGGAAACACCAAAGUCAUGAAGCAAGAUGGAGGGAAUGAGGAAAUCAACAAAGGCCACAGAGGAGUCUUGUGCUCAUGAAGUCAGACACAACAGAAGGUCCUGAGUCAACAUUUUUUUCCUCUCCAGUUUUUCAGUUUCAGCAGUGACAGACAGGAGUCUCUCAUGGGAUUUGUAGUUUCAUAUAUGUCUUGUUAAUGGUUACUAAUAUUGGAACACCGUCAGCCGUGUCCUUCUUUUCAAAAUAGACAACAGUUGGGAUUAAAGGCUGUUUGACAGACAAAUGAUGUGUAAGUUUGUUAUUUAGGAAAUAGAAAGUAGAUGACAACACCUUUGGGACACACAGGUCAUGUUCAGGAUUAAUGAAAGUGGGAUGCAAAUGUGCAACAGUACAUAUGGAGCUUUCAGACCAAGGUGGACAGUCAUUUGAACCAAGGUUGGUGUUUGCUUAUAUAAAAGGGAGGUUAUCUAACUAUUGACCCAUACUUUCAUGAAACAUAAAAAAAGACCAACUUUUAAUCAUAUGUAAAAAAUAAAUAUCACCCUGGGCAUUGCACAAAACCACAUUUAAUCCAAAACUUUGGUAACCAAAGGGAAAAAGUUAUGAUUUCACAUUUAUUACAGUAGUAUUUACACAAGACAAUGUUCAACUAAGAGAGGAAAGGCAGAGUUGUUGGUCUUAUCAGAGAAAAAGACUCUCCAAGUACUCGGAAAUUUCAAAUGUAUACAUAGAAAGGCAUUAUUCAACCACCUGGUAUGUUUGUAAGGCAUCCUGUUUUGUUACAGAAUCUAAAUGGAACCUUAUGUAAAACAAUGCCAUAAGAUUUAUAAAAAGACCCAUAUGUACAGUCAGUAAACAUUGUAAUGUCCUUUACACUCAAUUCAAAGUGUAUUUUAAGUCUCAGUGUGUACACAGUAUGUGAAUGUGGAGUCGCACAUCCUGAUAGUUUGUCCUCCUCUCCUUCAGUAGGAGUCAAUUAAGGCUGUUUUUUGUGCUGGCAGUGCCCACAACCUCAAUGUCAGAGCGCUAUUGGUGCUUUCUAUUGCUAAGUUACAAAAGUUGUCUCACAGCAAUUCAGCUACUUGACUGUGAAGUCUGUUUUCAAAUUAUUCUGUAUGAUUAAUAUUAGUUUUCAAUUUUUUUUUUUACAUAGAAAACUUAAAAAUAAUGGGAAAAAAAUGCAUUCUGGCAUUAGCAGUAGCUCAGACCUUGAAUUUAUACCCUUAAAAAAAGUUAAUAUCUGAAGACCCGCCCCUUUUUAAUUUUGAUUGUUAGCUGAGGUAGAAGUUGCACUGACAAGCACAGCUUAGUGCCAAAAGUAAGUAGUAAACUACUUUCAACUGAGAGCGGUGGGACACAGCAACAACAAACAGUGGAUGUUCUGGUCGCCUUUGUGCUUCGGCUGCUGGUUUUGCUUAGAAAAGAAUGCUGUCAGUGGACACAGGCCCUUAUCAAAUAAGCAUAUCCUCUAGUCUAUACAAUACGUUGCUGCUAAUUAGUUGCUAAGGUCAGAGACUACACGUCCAGUAAUUUAACAUGCCAGUAAAACUGUGAGAAUUGGAUUUUGUUGAGGGAAUAGGAUUUCAAGGGAGAUUAGAUUAUUUUGAGCCCUGCUAUGUCUGGUCUGGAUUUCCAGUAGCAUGGUAGGGCUGAUUUCCAAUUGUUUAUUUGAAGUUAAAUCACAAAAUGCAUCAGUAUAAACCUUGUUUCCUCACAUAUUCAAUGCUUCGAUUGUGCAAUUCUGAGGUUAGUUGUCAAGGUACUUUGUUUCCACAGUGUGACUGUUCUGUAUUGAAAACGGCCUCCAAGCCAUGGCCUGCAGAGUAGCGACAAACACUGGCACCAGACACACCAAGUAAAACAUGACACUGUGGAGGCUCUCCAAGUCACUGCAAACAAGCAGAAUUGUUGUUAUUGAUAUUUAGUGUGUGAUGAACAAAAUCUGCCUGCACUUCUUUGACGUUCUUGUGCUUUUAUUUUCUUCAUUCUGCUGGCUUUUACACUGCUGUUUUUAUGUUCCUGUUUUUACUCUAUAGCACUGAGACUUAUGUUGAAUAUUAAGUGUGUUAUAUAUUAGUUGAUUUGGAAUUAUAAUCACUCUUACUAUUAGAACUGCAGUGUUUUAAGGGUGUCCCUAUUUGACUUUUUGCAUGCUGGUGAUUUAAAAAAAGCUGAAACUGAAAACCUUAAAAAAAAAAAAAAAAACGGUGUGUUUGAUGGUGUAACAGUGGAUGCUUCUGAUGAUAAUUCACCCUAAGAAAAUAUUGACAUUUCAUACAGAAAACAAUGGGCAUCUCAAGCAGAUGAACAUUUUGUGAUAUUUUUUGUUUACAUUGAUGUUUUCAGCCAGCAACAGAUGUAGAUUGCAAUUUAAGAAAAUCUGAUAAUGUAUUAAAUGUUUCUUUGGCUCUUUAUGGUCUCAUAUUACUCUUGAUCCUUGCAAUAAAUGCCAGCAUGUGA